AUGGACAAUGGGAUGGUCUCUGACUUUAUCAUGAUCAAAAACUUCUUCCUCUUCUGCGUUUCCAUGAGUUUAGCCAGCCACUUUGGCUUUUCACAAACGCCAACACCGUCAGUAAAAGAGGAGGCCAAUGAUAACAUCACUAUAUUCACCAGGAUCUUGGACGGUCUGCUGGACGGCUACGACAACAGACUGCGCCCAGGACUGGGAGAGAGAAUAACUCAGGUGAAAACAGACAUCUAUGUUACCAGUUUUGGUCCUGUGUCAGACACAGAAAUGGAAUACACCAUUGACGUUUUUUUCCGACAAAGCUGGAAAGAUGAAAGGCUGCGAUUCAAAGGACCUAUGCAACGCCUCCCUCUUAACAACUUGCUCGCCAGCAAGAUUUGGACCCCAGACACUUUUUUCCACAAUGGCAAGAAGUCUAUUGCUCACAACAUGACAACCCCAAACAAACUUCUGCGCCUGGAGGAUGAUGGCACUCUGCUGUAUACCAUGAGAUUGACCAUCUCUGCUGAAUGUCCCAUGCAGCUUGAAGAUUUCCCCAUGGAUGCACAUGCUUGCCCAUUAAAAUUUGGAAGCUAUGCUUAUCCCAAUUCUGAAGUGAUCUAUGUAUGGACUAACAGCACCACAACAUCUGUGGUGGUGGCUGAAGAUGGUUCACGACUUAACCAGUAUCACCUGAUGGGACAAACCGUGGGCACAGAAAACAUCAGUACCAGUACAGGUGAAUAUACUAUUAUGACAGCACAUUUUCAUCUGAAAAGAAAAAUUGGUUAUUUUGUCAUCCAAACGUACCUUCCUUGCAUUAUGACUGUGAUCUUAUCACAAGUGUCAUUUUGGCUAAACAGAGAAUCUGUCCCAGCUAGAACUGUCUUUGGAGUAACCACGGUCCUCACCAUGACCACCUUAAGUAUCAGUGCCCGUAACUCUUUGCCAAAAGUGGCCUACGCUACUGCAAUGGACUGGUUUAUAGCUGUUUGCUAUGCCUUUGUCUUUUCAGCAUUGAUUGAAUUUGCAACAGUAAAUUAUUUCACCAAGAGGAGUUGGGCAUGGGAUGGCAAAAAAGCCCAGGAAGCUGCAAAAAUCAAGAAAAAAGAGCGCAACUUGCUGGGAAAUAAACCAACUAAUACCUACAGCACUGGGAAGAUGACUCCUGCACCAAACAUGCCAAAGGACUCAGCCCCAUCUGUCAUCUCAAACACUACAUCUGCUCCAGUGAAGCCUGCAGAAGAAAAGCCUGCUGAAAGCAAAAAGACUUACAACAGCAUCAGUAAGAUUGACAAAAUGUCCCGGAUAAUUUUUCCAGUGCUGUUUGGAACUUUUAACUUAGUUUACUGGGCCACAUAUUUGAAUAGGGAGCCUGUUAUUAAAGGUGCCAAUUCUCCAAAAUAA